AUUCACUUUGGAUAUGAAAGUCAUAAUGCGUCUGUGAAGUGAUUGAAGACAAUUUUUAUUUCAUUUCUAAUAUUGUUAUGCCUUAGAAAUGUCCUCUUUUGGCAAUGCAAUCGAGAGAUGGAGCGUUUCAGAUCUGCGGCACCAAAUAAAUGCGAAUGAUUACACCGGUCGGUUAUCGCCUGCCCAAUCUAUCGCUGCAGUGGUGGACUCCGCUUACAGUUCAUUUUCUGGUAGUUCCUAUGCCGCUGAUUACCAAACUUCAUUUCAAAGUGAUAGCUGCCAUUUGAGUGAUGAACAACAAUCGUACAUGGACUCUGAGUAUGUCAAAGCUAUUUAUAACUCCAGUGCAGUAGACUGCAUGUGUCUCAACUCUAGUGGAUGCUUGGAAGAUACUACUUCUGAUGCUAUACCAACUUUGAGAGAGACUGAUAGCAGUUGGACAUGUAACAUGAGUACACACAUUUCUCCUCCUGAGUCACACUCUCCAAGAAUGGAAGAUUUGGACUGGCACAAUAUGCAUUGUAGCCAUGGGAGCCACUUAGGUCAAAAACUUAAAAGAAGUCCACCAGGUAAUCGUUUACCUGAUAACCAAGAGAGCAACCGCCAAUAUCUUUGUCCUAUGUGGAUGAAAAGUGGUCUACAAGGAGAAUGUAAAUACGAAAAUCCACUUAGUAUGGAAGCAAAGGAGACCAACUACAAUUCAAGGUCAUUCUUUGCUUUACAGUCAGAGUUCCCUCAAAAGUUAGAACCAUUCAGCCAGCCGAAUGCUCUUUCCUGCCCAUCAGAUGUUACUGGUGAGGUGGAUUGCACUUAUGAAAACAAGCAUUUGUCAGAUAUAAACAAAAUGAACAAAGACUUUUUUCAAGAAAUGGACCUGGAAAAAGAGGGGACAUACACUAGUGACCAGUUUAAUGUCUCAAAAGAAAGUUUCUUAACACAAAACAUAAGGAUUUCAGAACCAAUCACAAGUUCUAAAACUUCAAAACAUUCUCUUAAUGAAUGGGUGUCAGAAGGACUCAUUGUUUACGAGAAUAAAUAUGAUGGUUUGGUCAAGAAGCUUGGCAAAGAAACUCAAAGUUCCAGUCCAGAUGGAACAAUCAGUAAGGGACAUAGCGAACAGGGAAUCAGUCCCCCAAGUAAAGAACCAAACCAGCCUUUUGAUCAUUAUAGUAUGGACAUAGAUUGUGACAGCCGUGCGAAAUGGGAUAUAAAACAUAAACAGCUGGACACAAGAGACAGCCAAGUAUUCCACAGUGACUCUGAUCAAAAUUCAUUUGGUCCGUUAUAUAAAGAAGGCACUAAAAUUCACAGUCUUAGAAAAGAUGCAACUAUAAAAACUAUCCCAAGGUUAUCAGUACAGCUUAAGACAGACAGGUAUUACGAUUGGGGUUUAACCAGUGAGAAAAUUACCAAAGAAGCAACCCCUAUGCUCUACCAUCUCUCAGGAGGACGGGACAAUCUUUUUACUGGUAAAUGUAGCACCACAAAUCUGGCAAAGCCGCCAGAGCAUAACCUUGAAACAAAGACAUUCCAAAGGUUGAGUCGUUUGUCUUCUUCGCAGACCACUGAGGUUCAAAAAGAUGUAAAACAACUUUGUAAGAAUAAGAGCCAAUGUCAGCUUGCCGAAAUCACAGACAGUUCCUGCGAUGAUGGGACACAUGGAAGCCAAACAUCUUCUGCAGAGGAGUGUUUGAUGCUUGACUACAGGGAAAAACUUAAGGUUGCACAGAAGAAAGUCUUACGAGAAACUUCUUUUAAACGAAAGGACUUGCAAAUGAGUUUGCCUGGAAGACUGAAGCUUAAUCCUUCAAAAAGGCCCUCUAUUGAUCAUCUAAGAUCAUAUUCUUUAUCAAGUGCAAAUGAAGAUUUUAAUGUUGACAACCCUAAAAACUCAGUUGAUGCUAAUUCUAAAAAAGAGGAAUAUGAAAAAUCUACAGUUUCUCGAAUAGGAGGAAGGAAACGAAUAACAAAAGAACAAAGAAAGCUAUGUUACUCAGAACCAGAAAAACUAGAUCAUCUCGGUAUUCAUAACACAGGCUUUACUUGGAAGGAAGAAGGAACAGUUUUAACCAAAAAUAAAAUUUGUGAUUCUGAUGUGAUGCAGCACAAAGUAAGAACUCUAGAAAGCAGAGAACGCACUCUUUCAUCCUCCAACCUUUCCAAGACAGAGCUUAAACAGAUACAGCACAACGCACUUGUUCAAUAUAUAGAGCGAAAAACAAAUCAAAGGUCAAGUAGCAGUUCACAAUCUCAUAUGCCCAGGACAUCAGGGAUGCAAAAAUAUGAAAGGAAAUCCAUGCCUAACAAUAGAUCAUGCAAUGACCUCCCUCAAAUGUAUUUACAUAGACGAUCGACUGGUGCAUCUUCUUCUUAUGAUGCGACGGUGACGUGGAAUGAUAGAUUUAUAAAGCCUUCUCUGCUUGGGGCCUCUAUGCAAUCUGUCAACAUAAAUGUGGAAGAAAAGUGCAUGACUUAUACCAACCAGUGCACUUCAGAAGAAGACAAAAAAACAUUUGAAGAGUCUCCACCUGCUUGUUGGAAAAAAACAAAGACCUCGUUUGGCCAGGUCUCAAAUGGAUGUACAAAUGUUUCAGCGUCUGCACUUUGUAAUAACCAGGGUUUCAACCACAGAUUAUCUGAUGCAGAAGACAGGAGAUUGUCUGACAGUGAGAAAGGCAGCACAGCCAGAGGAAGAGGGAAGUCAAUGGAGGAAAUUGGCAGUACAGAUAUAGUCAGGCUUUCAGUACUGAGCCAAAGCACUGAUCAGCUUUACCACAUGAAAGAGCCUAAAGUAUUGCCAAGGACGGAAAGCGCAAGCAGCACAUCUGUGGUCCAUCAAGAAAAGCUUUGGGUCAGCACAGUGAACGACUUAGGAAACGUGCCCAGUCAAACAAGUAAAGAGAACUUUGUGAGGCUCCCUAGAUCAGAUGUUGCAAGCUCGGCACGAGAUAGACAUUCCAGGCCCUCAAAAGCAAGUGCUAUUUCCUCAACCACAGAUAAUUCCACUUCUCACUCAGGACGGCACUCUGAAGCUCUUGAGAAAACGCCGUCUUUGGAAAUAGAAGAUGAGGUCUUCUCACAGGCCGUUGCCAUCAGAAAAGAACUGUCAAGCAGGAUUCCAAUUGUUCCCCGGGAAGAAUCAAGAAGACAACUGCCUAACCAGGAUGAUGCUCCAUUUGUUGUCGAUGUCAUGUCUGGGCAUGGGCAACUAGAACACCGGAUUGUGAAUUAUCCUUCCCAAAGCUCUGAAACUGUUGAGAAAGAUGUUCCAGAAGACAGUAAUGAGGUGAGACAUGAUCCGAAUGACCUCCGUGAAAGUUCAGCAGUCAGAAAAUCUCUCCCCAGAGAAGACUGCGAAGAAACAAAAUCAGCAGAGUCAAAGUCAAUGAGCGAUUCACAGUCGGAAGAACCAAUUCCCACUUUAUCUAGCCAGGUGAACGCACUGCAGUCAUUUCAAUUUUCUGCUGGCCAAAGCAAAAAUUUUGAGACUACUGAUGUAGUUGGACAGGAGCCAGAGGCCAGCAUGAUAAGCAGUGAUCCAGGAACAGUAGAGGACUCGCCUAGAGUCCAUUGGAAAACCUCCAGAGAUGAGAGGCAUGCAAAGCUAGUUAAAGACAUACUUGCUGAAGACAAGUCCCUGGUUGAUAUACUGGAUCCACUUCCUGUAAGAGAAUCUGCAAUGGAUCUUAUGAAAAACCUGUUCCCUGUGGACAUUUUGGAAAUGGAAAGAUGCAGGAGUAGACAACAUCAAAGAAAAGAUAACGAAGUAAACUUAGGGGACAACAAGUUGGGUCUUGAUGGUGCAUCAAAACUGCCGCCCAAAACUUUGCUGCUUCUUCAGAAUUCUGUUCUCCAAAAGCCAGAAUGUCCAAGUGAUCUCACAUCAAAGAAAAUUGAAUUAAUAUCCAACAUCAGCACAAAGUUGUUAGAACUCUGUGAGCAAAGAGAAUCACUUCUUUCUGAUCUCAAUGAAAACCUGUCUCAAGGCAAAAAUAUGGAGUCGGUAGUAAAAGAGAUCUGUAAACCUAAUGAGUAUGAGCGCUACAUGAUGUUUAUUGGGGAUCUGGAGAAAGUGGUGAGCCUUCUCUUCUGUCUGUCCAUGAGGCUUGCUCGAGUGGAGAAUGCAUUGAGCAAGAUAGAUGACAAUACAGAUGCAGAAGAGAUGCAAUCCUUAAAGGAACGUCACAACCUUCUGUCCAGACAGAGAGAGGAUGCCAAAGAUUUGAAAGAAAAUCUAGAUCGCAGAGAACGAGUGGUAACGGGAAUCCUGGAAAAAUACCUCAAUGAACAUCAGCUAGAAGACUACAAACAUUUUGUAAGGCUGAAGACAUCCUUUCUGAUUGAGCAGAAAGACCUUGAUGAGAAGAUUAAAUUUCAUGAGGAACAAUUAGAGAGUCUUCAAAACAGUAUUCCUCCUUCAUGAACGAGGAGGAAAUCCCACCUUCUCCGUGGCAUCCUUCCUCUUGACAAGAGUCCCACUGGCUCUGUUUUAGUGAAAUUUGGUGCUGUUGACUAUGCUGCUGCUACUAAGGUUAACAGAACUUGGGCCUUACCUGAAAUGUAGGCUGGACUCGCUAAAAAGCAUUUGUGACAGUGUUAAUUGGGCAAGAGAAGAAUGUGUUGAAUUGACGUAGAGGAAAAAAAACAAUCAAUUUAUGUGGCUUGUUAUCAGUGUUUUUGUCUUUAUCAAUGUUGUUACAACUAAUGGCGUGUCCUCCAUUCUUCGUUCUCUGGUUGAUGAAAUUAUUUGAAUAAAAAUCAUAUGUAUA